UGGACCCACACCAGGGAGAAGCCUUUUGCCUGUACUGACUGCGGGAAGAGUUUCACCAGGGAGUCCGACCUCAGACUACAUCGCAGGACCCACACUGGUGAGAAGCCCUUUGCCUGUGACAAGUGCAACAAGAGCUUUAGACAGAGCUCCCACCUCACCCAGCACCGCCGCUCCCACACUGGUGAGAAGCCCUUUGCUUGUGACAAGUGCAGCAAGAGCUUCAGGCAGAGCUCCCACCUCAUCGUGCACCGCCGCUCCCACACUGGUGAGAAGCCCUUUGCUUGUGACAAGUGCAGCAAGAGCUUCAGGCAGAGCUCCCACCUCAUCGUGCACCGCCGCUCCCACACUGGUGAGAAGCCCUUUGCCUGUGACAAGUGCAACAAGAGCUUCAGGCAUAGCUCCAAACUCACCCAGCACCGCUGCACCCACACUGGGGAUAAGCCGUUUGUCUCUGGUGACUGUGGUGAGGGCUUCGCUGACAAGCCCAGCGUCACCCAUCACAUACAGACCCACACCAGUAAGAAGCCCUUUGCCUGAACUGGCUGUGGGAAGAGUUUCACCAUGAAAUCCCACCUCACCCGGCACUGCCACACCUACACUGGAGAGAAGCCAUAC